GAGGAAGUUUGAAGAAGCCAUAGAGUUUAGAUUAGAUUGCAAUAUUCUUCACUCUAAAUCUCUCCAAUCCCCACUUCUUUUUCCUUUCCUUUUUUUUUUUUUUUUCUUCUUAAAUUUCAACUGUUUCAAUUCACUCUCUGCAAAUCUCUCCCACUUCCUCCGAUGGCAAUUCAACCCACUUCUUGCAAUCCCUCACUCAUCAAGUUGGGAUUAGCUUUGAUCGCCAUUACCAUUGUUGGUUACAUUCUCGGCCCUCCUCUCUAUUGGCACUUCAAGGAAGGUUUAGCCGUCGUUAGUCACUCUUCUGCUUCUUCCUCAUGCCCUCCUUGUUUCUGCGACUGCCCUUCUCAGCCUGUCAUCUCAAUUCCUGAAGAAUUGAGGAACUCUACAUUUGCAGAUUGUGUUAAGCAUGACCCAGAAGUGAGUCGAGACACGGAGAAGAACUUUGCAGACCUAUUGUUAGAGGAACUGAAGUUAAAGGAAGCUGAAGCUUUGGAAAAUCAACGCCGUGCCGAUGUGGCUCUACUCGAGGCGAAAAAGAUGACAUCCCAGUAUCAAAAAGAAGCAGACAAGUGCAAUUCUGGGAUGGAAACAUGUGAAGAAGCGAGAGAGAAAGCUGAAGCAGUAUUAACGGCACAAAAGAGACUAACAGCUACGUGGGAGCAAAGGGCUCGCCAAAGGGGAUGGAAAGAAGGCACCGCCAAAUCUCGUACUCAAAAACAAGGAAAUAUUCAAACUGCAUAAAGAGAACAUCCAAACAGUAUCACUUCUUUCCAUCCUGAUUUUUUGUUUUCUUAUAAAUAUAUUUUAUCUUUUUUGGGUAGUAACUUAAAUUUUACUCGACGUGUCGUCAAAUAGAUCGAAAGUGAUUAUUAUAGGUAUGUUUAGUGAAUUGAAAUGUCAAUUACCAUUGUUAGUUCAUCAUAAGAAAACGUUCAUUAGUUGAAAAGCAACUAAUGAAUUAUUGAAGAUGUCGUGUUUACUCAUUCAGUCAUUUGUUAUCUUCAUUGUGAAUUUUUAAGGACCUCUCUCUGACUGUGAAAGCAAAUUCUUUUGGAUUUGCACUAGUUGGAUUAUAUACAAAUAUUCUUUUUCUUUGGCAGGGGUGGGAUGGUUUAGAAUCAUGUCAUGCCACUACACAUUCUGCUAUUGAGAUUGAAUCUAAGUAAAUCCAUAAGCUGCUAAAACAGUUUGGUUUUUUAAAUUUA